AUGAGCUGUUUUGGUUGGUGUGGGAGUGAUGAUUUUCGUAAAGCUACUGACACGGGGCCUAUGCCAGCGCACAACCCUGCUGGUUACAAUGGAGGCCACUAUCAAAGAGCUGAUCCACCCAUGAACCAGCCAGUAAUCAACAUGCAGCCUAUUGCUGUACCAGCCAUUCCAGUGGAUGAAUUGAAAGAUAUAACCGAUAACUAUGGUUUAAAGGCCUUGAUCGGUGAGGGUUCAUAUGGAAGAGUGUUUUACGGUGUUCUUAGAAGUGGUACAGUAGCUGCCAUCAAGAAGCUUGACUCUAGUAAGCAGCCAGAUCAAGAAUUUCUUUCCCAGGUAUCAAUGGUUUCGAGAUUGAGACACGACAAUGUCAUUGCUCUUAUGGGUUAUUGUGUUGAUGGUCCUCUCCGUGUUCUUGUUUAUGAAUAUGCUCCUAAAGGAUCUCUUCAUGAUAUUCUUCACGGCCGAAAAGGAGUCAAAGGAGCGCUGCGAGGUCCUGUUAUGACGUGGCAACAGAGAGUCAAAAUCGCUGUUGGUGCAGCCAGAGGACUUGAGUACUUGCAUGAGAAGGUGAACCCUCAGGUUAUCCACCGAGACAUCAAAUCCAGCAACGUACUUCUGUUUGAUGAUGAUGUUGCUAAGAUUGCUGAUUUCGAUCUGUCUGAUCAAGCCCCUGACAUGGCUGCACGCCUUCACUCAACCCGUGUGCUAGGAACCUUUGGCUAUCACGCUCCAGAGUAUGCAAUGACAGGAACAUUGAGCACAAAAAGCGAUGUGUACAGUUUUGGCGUUGUUCUGCUGGAGCUCCUUACAGGUCGCAAACCAGUGGACCAUACCUUACCUCGUGGACAACAAAGUCUAGUGACAUGGGCAACUCCUAAACUGAGUGAAGACAAAGUGAAGCAAUGUGUAGAUGCAAGACUACUCGGAGAGUACCCUCCCAAAGCUGUUGCCAAGCUAGCCGCGGUGGCUGCACUCUGUGUGCAGUAUGAGGCGAAUUUUAGACCAAACAUGAGCAUUGUGGUGAAGGCACUUCAACCUCUACUAAACCCUCCUCGCUCUGCUCCACAGACUCCACAUAGAAACCCUUAUUGA